AUGACGGCGGAUGACGGCGAAUCUGAGAUUCGUGUCGGCUCGGGGUCGGAGCAGGUUCUGCCCGGCAUCGGCUCGGGGUCGGAGCGGGUUCUGCCCGGCAUCGGCUCGGGGUCGGAGCAGGUUCUGCCCGGCAUCGGCUCGGGGUUGGAGCAGGUUCUGCCCGGCGUCGGCUCGGGGUCGGAGCAGGUUCUGCCCGGCGUCGCCUCGUGGCCGGAGCAGGUCCUGUCCGAUCGUGCGUUCUUGGUCGUAAACAACGUGGAAGAUCGAACCGUCAUCUACGCGAACGAGGGCUUCAGCAAAAUGACCGGCUUCAGCCGGGCCGAGGUGAUGCAGCAGCGAGGCCUCUGUCACUUCCUGCACGGCCCAAUGACGUCACGAACAGCGGUGGACCAGAUCCAAGAAGCCUUCAACUCAGGCGAAGAAGCCCAGAUCGAAAUCCUGCUAUACAAAAAGGACGGGUCGCGAUUUCUCUGCAUCCAAACGAUCGCGCCCGUCUCGAACGAGGGCGGAGAGCUGCUCAUGUUCCUGCUGAACUUCGAUGACCUCUCAUCGCCGCCCGAGGAGGACGACGACGUUGAGAAGGAGUUUGGACACAUCCUCACCAAAUUCGGCCGGGCGCGUCAGUCGUUCCGCCAGAGCAUCCGCUCGUUCCGGAAGGGCCGCGGGCGGCCGGCCGGCGCGUUGCGCGGUCGUCGUGGCAGCGCCUCCACGCUGACGCCGACACCGGAGGCGAACGAGGCGGCCGAAGAGGAAGCCGAAGCUCUUACUGGGGCCACGGAACAGCCGCCCGAGUCGCCCCACAUCACGGCGCCAGCGGCCGACGGCGGACCGGCGGCGCCGGACGUCGCGCCGCCCUUCAGCCGUCUGGCCGUGCCCGAGGAAGCGACGCAACCGCGCCCGCUGACGCCAGCCUCGGACAGCGCGCCCGACCUGCGCGUCCACCUGCUGGACGAGCCGCCGCCGGCGUCGCCCCGACUCAGCAGCCAGCGGCUCUCAGAGACGGGCGGGGACAGGCAGUACCACUCCAGCGCAGCCGAGCUGGGUCAGCUGGGCAGCAUGCGGCCCGCCUCCUCGCUGGACCCCAUCUCCUUGCAUCGGGUCAGCCAGCGCCAGGCCCCCUGCCGCAGUGCCACCAUCGGAACCGUGUACCCUUCUGAGAUAGUAUCUGAUGCUCAACGCCCACGAUCGCAUACUGUUGACAAUUUCUGCCAAGCGACACGGAACCACGUGCGGGUGCAGCAGGCCUCGGCCUCCUCCGAGUCGGACCUCAGUCGAUACCGCACCCUGUUCGGCCAGAAACAGUCGCCGUCCAUCAGCAACAUGGCCGAGGCCCGGCUAAAGGACCCAGACGGAUCGGGCAAGCACAAGUUUGAACACCUCAACGCCAAAAACAAGGUUGCACAGGUCGGCAAAGUGGUGAGUACACUUGCAUCGUUCGGCUUGGCACGUGGCUCAGGCUUGCCAGUGCCGCAGCAGACACACGACAUUGUCGCCGAAACACGAUGUCCGUCCUUUCCUCCGUCGUAG